GAUGCCCUUGUUUCUCCAACAAUUACUUUAGUUUCGUACAAAUGAGUCGUCUAAUUUUUUUCAUGUUAGUUAGUGCCAUUUAUUUUGUGGUAAAUGAAGCUUGCAAGGAAAAUGAGAUUGUAAUUAAGAACAACCUCGGUUAUAGUAGAAUUCUCCAAUAUCAUUGCCGCUCAGGGAACCAAAAUUUAGGAGUCCAACAUUUAAACGCCAACAGUACGAAAAUCAUUAAAUUCAAGGAUGACGGAACCAAGCGAUCGAUUUGGAAAUGUCUUUUCAGGCAAGGGAUUAACAUGAAGUUUUAUAGCGAGGCUGAAGCAUACCUUCCAAUUUUAAACUAUCCUACAAUUCCAAAGUAUAUUCAAUGUGGUCAACUACGUGUGUAUAUUGCCAGACUAGAUGCACUAUAUCUUCGAAUGGAUGAAUAUCCGGCAUUGCCUGUACAUUUAUGGCGUUCUUAAUGUGCUUUAUUUUGCCUAAAAAUGUCUUUUUUUUUUAAUGCAAUUGUUUUCUAGCUUAUGACCUUCUAAUUAAGCCAUAACAACUAAUUCUAUAAUCAAAAUUUUAUUUUGUAAUAAAUAGCUCAUUUGAUAUCUA